CAUAGUUCUCCAUUUACAAAAAAAAAAGAAGCUCAUAGUUCUCCAUGUUUUAAGGGAAUUGAGUCCUAUCUUCACUAUACUGCAAAAGACACACACACACACAAAAUGGUCUCUACUUCUCCCAUUUCUCCUUCUAAGGAAUCUGUUGGGAAGUCCGGCGAAAAAUGGACGGCGGGAGAUCCAUCACGGCCAGCCAAGUGGUGGUACUCCACCUUCCACACCGUCACCGCCAUGAUCGGCGCCGGAGUUCUGAGCCUCCCUUAUGCCAUGGCUUACCUUGGCUGGGGACCAGGGACAUUAAUGUUGGCACUGACAUGGGGACUGACCCUAAACACGAUGUGGCAGAUGGUACAGCUUCACGAGAGCGUACCUGGACACCGGUUCGACCGGUAUAUUGAUCUAGGUCGGUACGCUUUCGGCCCAAAACUCGGCCCAUGGAUCGUCCUCCCCCAACAGCUAAUCGUCCAAGUCGGGUGCUGCAUAGUUUACAUGGUCACUGGUGGCAAGUGCGUAAAGAAUUUUGUGGAUAUCACGUGUUCCUCCUGCAGCCCCGUGCGACAAACAUACUGGAUCCUCGCCUUUGGUUUGGUCCAUUUCCUCCUCUCCCAGCUCCCUAAUUUCAACUCCGUCGCCGGUGUCUCCUUGGCUGCCGCCGUCAUGUCCCUCAGCUACUCAACGAUAGCGUGGGCAGGAAGUAUCUCACAUGGAAGAUUGCCUGACGUGAGCUACGGUUACAAGGCGACGAAUCCAAGUGAUCUCACAUUCCGAAUCUUCAACGCCUUAGGUCAGAUCUCAUUUGCUUUUGCGGGUCAUGCCGUGGCUCUAGAGAUCCAAGCCACAAUGCCUUCGACUCCCGAGAAGCCAUCGAAGGUGCCCAUGUGGCAAGGAGUGAUGGGAGCUUACUUUGUCAAUGCCAUUUGCUACUUCCCGGUGGCUCUAAUCUGCUAUUGGGCCUUUGGACAAGACGUAGACGACAAUGUUCUGAUAAAUCUACAGAGACCACCUUGGCUUAUUGCUUCUGCUAAUCUCAUGGUUGUUGUUCACGUCAUUGGCAGCUACCAAGUGUUUGCUAUGCCUGUCUUUGAUCUUUUGGAGAGGAUGAUGGUUACCAAAUUCGGUUUUAAGCAUGGAGCUGUUCUGAGGUUUUUCACUCGAACUACUUUUGUCGCAUUUACGUUGUUUACUGGAGUGACUUUCCCCUUCUUUGGAGACCUUCUAGGGUUCUUUGGGGGUUUCGGAUUUGCACCCACUUCCUUCUUUCUCCCAAGUAUCAUGUGGCUUAUCAUCAAGAAACCAAAGAGAUUCAGCAUCACGUGGUUGGUCAAUUGGACAACCAUUAUGGUGGGAGUGUGCAUAAUGAUGGCGUCAACAAUAGGAGGAUUGAGGAACAUCAUCGCGGAUUCUUCUACUUAUAGUUUCUACGAUUAAUUAUACUGAAUAGAGAUCGGAGAGAUAAACCUCAACUAUAUGAUCAUCUAAUUAUAUAUGUGUGUAGGAAUAAACCUAUAUUAAUGGUCGUGCAUGCGUAUCGAGUUAGAAAGAGUGUAAUCAUAUACAUAAUCUGCUACUUAAAUUCAAUAAGACAUAUAUU